CCCGGGGGUAGAGGCUGCCGACAAUGGGUGGCAAUAUUUUUGCCGCCCGAGGCCUGCAGACGCCUCGCAUGCCGCCCGCCGUCUAUCAUCACAUGGUGCAGAGCUCCCAGGCGGCACUUCGCAAGCUCUUUCGCGUCGUCUGCACGCCCGUCGACGGCCCCGCCAAGGCCGACUUUGGUGACGUCGACAUCCUAGUCGCCGACCCGUUGGAGCAAGCUCUCAGCGCCGAUGAGGUCGCCCCUGAUAAUGCCGAGAUUCGGCCUGCUGGUGAAGAGGGCGUCCCUGCCGUGUGGGGGCAGAUAAUAGACGCACUCGGCGCAAAGCACAAGAUCCUCAAUCUGCACGACAGCUCAGCCCACCUUGCGCUCCCCUGGCCCAGACUCAUCGACGGUAGCGAAGGCGGUAAUGCCAGCGGCAGUGAUGAAGCACAGAAAGAAAACGAAACGUUCGUCCAGCUCGACGUCCAAAUCUGCGUGUCGGAAGCGGGGCUGCGUUGGAUGGCCUUUCGCCACGCCCACGGCGACAUCUGGAGCAUACUCGGCAGCAUGAUCCGACCGCUGGGCCUCACGGCCGACGAGACGGCCCUGUGGUUGCGCAUCCCUGAGAUCGAGGCGAUCGACAGGAAGAGGGCGCGGGUCCUGCUCACAGACGACCCGCACGUCGCCCUCGACGUCCUGGGCCUGCCCGACGACGAAGGGCAGUGGGACCGCCCGUUCGCUUCGUACGAGGGCCUCUUCGACUACGUCACCAGCUGCCGCUUCUUUUACGUCUCGCCAGAUCCACCCGGCGGCGGCGGCGGCGACAACGACGCGCAGGAUAGCCCGCAGCGACAGAAGCUCCUGCGGGAACUCGACGCACACGGCCGCCCCAGCUCGACGGCCCACGGCGACACGCGGCAGACGCUCAAGUCCAACGACCGGCGCCGCAUGAAGGUGCGCCCGCUGUUCCGCGCCUGGAUCGAUGACUUCAUCCCUCGCUGCCGCGCCGCCGGGCUCUACCCUCCACCACCGCCACCGCCACCGCCACCGCCGCCGCCGUCGGGCGACAACGGCGGCUCGACAGCCAGCACGGCCGCAACCAAGGAGGACCUACGCGACGCCGUGCGCGCCGAGCUGCUCGCGCGCUUCCCCGCCGCGGCCCUCGAGUACGACGAGCGGCUAGCGGCGUGGCGCAGGGAGCGCCAGCGCCUGGCCCUCGUCGAGGCCGUCAAGGCCGCCGUGCCCGCCGACGAGUGCGAGCGCCUGCCGGGCUACAACAACGGCAGCGGCCGCAGCCGCAGCGCCCUCGUCGCCGCGCUGCGCCGCGUCGUCCUGGACGAAGAGGGCGGCGACGACGACGACGACAUCCUCGGCGGCUUCGUCCCGCGCCGCGACCGCGACGGCCUCUGGCUCGUCGAGGACGCGGCCGUCUUCGCGGCCGGGCGGUGGCGGGACGCCGCACCCAUCGCCUGGGAGGCCAACCAGAGGCGCAUCGCCGAGGCCAUGCGGCUCAAGGACCUGAAGCGCAAGGCCCAGGACGGGGGGUCGGCGGCGUCGGCGGCGGCGGCGUCGGCGUCCUCUUCCGACGACGCCCCGCGGUGCGAGGAGCAGCCCGUGGCUAAGAAACAGGCGCUGCCUUGAGGCACAACCCACCCCCCGGCGUCCACAACUGGGGCGGCACCGCCUCGCCCACUUUGCCAGCGACCGCACGGAGAAGAGUUUCGUUGGCUGAAACGGGCCAGGAAAGUGAUAUUUUGAGCAAGAGCUUGAGGGGUGGGAUUACAGACGCGCUUGGAUGAGAAAUGGUGACGAUAACGGCGACAGGAGGCCUUGGGUGCCUGGUUGGCACCUUCACUUUCUUCCAUAUCCAAAAAUGACGACACAUGAUUUUAGACAUUAAAAG